AUGGGAUGCUUUGUUUCUAAAAAGAAAGGUUUGAUAGACGACACCUUAGAAACGUAUAGAGAUGAAAAAUUCCCUUUUCCUAAAAACAAUCAUAAUUGGGAUAGAUUAACUUUACAACAUUAUUUAUUUCGUUAUAUUUGGCAAUCUAAUUUUUCAUCGCCUAUUGACGAAUAUAUCAAGACUGAUGGCAUCAAGGUUUUAGAUGUUGGGAGUGGAAGUGGACCAUGGGCCCUAGAGAUGGCCGGUGAAUAUCCAAAUGCUUUAUUCACCAAAAUAGACUCAAACACCUCACUCCAAAAUGGCACGACACUUCCAAAUUUCACUAUAAAAGAUCAUAAUCUCUCAAAAUUAGGACCACUCCCAUUUGAGGAUUCAACGUUUGAAUUUAUACAUGUGGGUUUCCUAUCUUGGGAAUUAACAGAAAAUCAAUUUGAAACACUUAUAAAUGAACUUGUGAGAAUUUUAAAACCGGGGGGAUAUUUAGAGAUUAUGGAUGUUGAUUGUCAAGGUGGAAAUGAAGGACCUUCGGCUCAGCUACGAUCAUACUACUCAUCUAAAGGUAUCAAUCCACUGAUAACCUCAAAACUAGAAUCGAUAAUGAAUUCUACAAAAUGUUUAUCAAAUGUUACGGUUCAAAAGAUACUUCACCCUUUAGGAAAUUGGGAAGACAAAAUCGGAGAAAUAGCCUUACUUAAUUUGCUACAAUUUUUUAAUGAUUUUAAAUCCAUUAUCAUUCCAUUUAUGGGCAUUUCUGAUUUAGAGUAUAGACAUUUGAUACAGGAGUUUAAGA